GAGAGAAAAAAAUGUCGUGACAGAAAAGUCAGGGAAAUCAAAGAAGCAAAGCUGUGAACUUCGUUAAUGACCGACCGAUCUUCCAUCCUUUGUUUUCUUCUAUCAGCCAAAAGAAAUUAUGGGUUUUACUUAGAAUUGCUAAAGAAAGAUGGGUUUCUUUGGUUUCAAUGGAUCAUCACUCUAUUCUUCUUUAAAAUCUUCAAUGGAUUUUUGGUUCCAAAAUGAAAGACUGAAUUUUUGUUAUGGAUGUGCUAUUCUCUUUGUUCUUCUUUGCAUUAUCCUUUACAACUUCUCCACAAGACUGCUCAGAUUCUUCUCUUCUUCUUCUUCUUCUUCUUCUAGGCGACAUAGCGUUUCUUCUUCUCCAGCUGCUUCUGCUACUGAUAUUGCCUCCUCUAAUUCCAGGGUUUCAGAGAUUGUUUCAGUAGCUGACUUGAAGUUUUUGAUUGAGAAUUUGGAUGAGAAGCUAAUUGAGAAUGAGAAAUGGGAAAACGUUACAAAUAAGAGAAACAAUCUUCUAGCAUAUACUGCCAAAUGUUUCAAACCUAAGGAUGCUCCUAUAAAGUACUUGAGCUUGACGGUGUUUGAAAAUUGCACCAUGGAGGUGCUAAGGGACUUUUACAUGGACAAUGAAUACAGAAAGCAGUGGGAUAAGACCGUGGUUGAACAUGAGCAGCUGCAGGUGGAUAGAACUAAUGGAACUGAAAUUGGUUGCACAAUUAAGAAAUUUCCUCUCUUGACGCCAAGGGAAUAUGUUUUAGCAUGGAGAUUGUGGGAAGGAAAAGAUAAAACGUUUUAUUGCUUUAUUAAGGAAUGCGAAUACCCUUUAGCUGUAAGACAGAGGAGGUUUGUACGAGUGAAGUUCUAUAGAUCUGGUUGGAGAAUCAGUAAAGUCCCUGGUAGAAACGCUUGUCAGAUCACAAUGUUUCACCAAGAAGAUGCUGGUUUGAAUUUGGAGAUGGCAAAGUUGGCUUUCUCAAGGGGCAUAUGGAGCUAUGUAUGCAAGAUGAAUGAUGCACUACGCAAAUACUCUCUGAUGAGUCAUCCUUGGACAGGUCCAGCUGUUACUGCAGUGACUCUUAUCCAGAAGGUUCCACCUGAACUAGAAACAUUGAACACUGUUGUGGAUACUCAGGCAACUUCAACAUUGAUUGCCGCACAGGGACUAGAUACUGGUGAAGCCAAAGAGAAGAAAUUCCUGAGAAGGCCAUCUAAAAAAAUUGUCGCAAAUGGUCUGCUUCUUCUAGGGGGUGUAAUCUUCCUGUCCCGUGGGCACUCUAGCCUUGGUGCUAAAGUUGCCAUGGCAUAUAUCCUGACAAAGCUGAGAAAACAUGAUGCCUCGUCAGGCCACGAAAGGGAAAGAUGAUGUACAUGAUGACAUUGUAUGACCAAGACUAAUGGUGGUGGACCUCAUAAAGCUUGUUACCGCAUAUUCUGUUAACUAGAGCAUGGAAUCUGACAUUUAUGCAUCUUAAAGAGAGUGCAUAUUUAGUCCGUGUAGGAGUGAGCUGAAUUUCUUUCUCAUCAGUGGUAGUUUGGUUCCUUGAAUACUAAGUGUAUAGAAAAGUUGUGACUUAAUUAUUCUUAUUACCAUUUUCCACUAAUGUAAUUAUCAAGCCAUCUUCAGGAA